GCCGAUUUGAUGCGGUGUUGGUGCCGACGGAUCUCGCCGCCAUGUGGAAGCAAUUCAUCGGGAAGUUGUCGUGGAAGUCGGUGAAAUCGAGCUCCACCGGAGGCGGCGGGGGUGGAGGAGGAGGGUUCUCGCCGACGGCGGCGAAGCCGCCGCCGCCGCCGUCCCCGCGGGCGAAUGGGACGGCGGCGGCGGCGAAGCCGAGCGCCUCGCCGCCGCCGCCGCCGCCGCCGGCCGCCGCGGGCGCCGAGGGGAGGUCCAGGGAGGAGGCAUUCGUCCAGAACGUGAACAUCUGCUGCGCGGUGUUCGACUUCUCCGACCGCGGGAAGGACACCACCGAGAAGGAGCGGAAGCGGCAGGUGCUCAUGUCGCUCGUCGACUGCGUCGGCGCCGCCGAGGAGCCCCUCACGGAGGCGAUGAUCGCGGCGAGCGUGCGCAUGUUCGCCGCCAACCUCUUCCGGGUGUUCCCGCCCAAGGCGAGGUCGGGCGCCGCGGCGUCGGAGACGGAGGAGGACGAGCCGUUCUUCGACCCCUCGUGGUACCACCUCCAAGUCGUGUAUGAAUUGCUCCUCCGGUUCGUGACGUCGCCGAUGGUGGACGCGAAGGCGGCCCGGAAGUAUGUCGACAGCUCGUUCAUCUCGCGGCUGCUGGAUCUCUUCGAUUCCGAUGACCCCAGAGAGAGGGACAGCUUGAAGACAGUGUUGCAUAGGAUAUACGGCAAGUUCAUGGGGAAUCGGCCGUUCAUUCGUAAGGCCGUCAGCAAUAUCUUCUAUAGGUUCGUGUUCGAGACGGAUCAUCACAACGGGAUAGCGGAGCUGUUGGAGGUGUUUGGCAGUGUGAUAAGCGGGUUUGCGAAGCCAUUGAAGGAAGAGCACAAGUUGUUCCUAUGGAAAGCGUUGAUCCCGCUUCACAAGCCAAAGACGGUGGGUGUGUAUCUUCCGCAGCUGACGUACUGCAUCACACAGUUCAUCGAGAAGGAAACCAAGCUUGCAGGGACUGUAAUCAGAGGCCUGCUGAAGUACUGGCCAGUUACAAACAGUCAGAAGGAGAUGAUGUUCUUGGGGGAGUUGGAGGAGGUGCUCGAGUUGACCGACAUGGCUGAGUUUCAGAAAUGCAUGGUACCGCUGUUCCGCAGGAUUGCAAGUUGCCUGAAUAGCUCUCACUUUCAAGUUGCUGAGAGAGCCUUAUUCUUGUGGAACAACGAGCACUUGUUCGAUAUGAUCUCCCAAAAUCGUCAGGUGAUCCUACCGAUCAUAUAUCCAGCUCUGGAGAGGAACACCCGUUGGCACUGGAAUCAGUCGGUCCUCAAUGUUACCCUGAAUGUCAAGAAAAUGUUCUUGGACAUGGACGAGAGAUUGCUCCUGGCCUGCCAGAACAACUUCCAAGCGGAAGAAGAGAAGCGAGCCGCGACCGAGGAGCGGCGAAGGCUGAUGUGGGAGCAGCUGGAGCGGAAUGCCGCUGCGGCAUGCCAUCCACAUCCAGUGAUCACCACUACUGACUCAAGCUUUCCUUCACCCCCUUCAUCAACUCCUCUGGUAGCUCCCACUGUGACAUGACAUGUGGAUCAAAUAUACUCCAUUUCCACUUAUUUGUUAGCUAGCUAGAUGAUGAUGAAGUUGCUUGCUUCUCCUGGGACUAUACAGAAGGCAUUUUGUUACCUUCGUAAGGCCCCCCCAUGUCAAAGUCUGUAAUUAAUAGUUGAUGGUUUGAGGACAAAAUGACACUUGAUUUUUUCUUCUUUUUUUGUGGUGUAUUCUCGAGUAAUGGGCAUUGCUUUCUAGGCAAAAUCUUUGAUUGGUUCAUCCUGAGUGAGUGAUCUGUCAAAGUGUGGACAACAAUGAUUUUUGUGUGAGAGAAAUGACAAGUUUGCAGCCGUUCUUUGUGGCUAAGAACUUCUGUCUAUUUUUAACAGGCACAUUUUUAGCUA